AUGGAACGUCGCUGCUCAAAAGACGCUCACUUUGGCAGUCUGUACCGCUCCUUCAUGCAGGAGUACGAAAACCUGAAACACAUGGAGGCAGUAAACGCGACCACAACAGAAAACUACACCACAGUAUGCUACUUACCGCACCAUGGAGUGCUGCGGGACACCAGUACCACUACCAAGCUCCGGGUGGUAUUCAACGGGUCGCAACGUACGCAAUCCGGCACUUCCUUAAACGAGCACCUGCUCGUCGGAGCCAACCUCCUGCCACCCCUCGCCGACAUUCUCCUGCGCUGGCGGUGGCACCGUUACGUAUUUCUGGCAGACAUCGAAAAAAUGUACCGCCAGAUUCUCCUUGAUUCAAGGGACUGCGACUUCCAACGCAUCCUCUGGAGACACAACCUCGCUGACGAGGUGAGCGAAUACCGCCUGAAGACCGUGACGUACGGUCUAGCGUGCGCACCAUUCCUGGCAAUUCGGACCCUCCACCAGCUCGCCACCGAUGAAGGCCCUCGAUUUCCACGCGGAGCUGUCGCGCUGCGCUGCGAUACUUACGUGGAUGACAUCGUUAUGGGAGCCAGUACCUUGCCGGAAGCCACUUCAUUCCAGAGGGAACUUCGCAGCCUGUGCACGGCGGGCGGGUUUCCUCUGAGAAAGUGGGCAGCCAACCAUCCUGACAUCCUGGCUGGAGUACCAGGGGAGCACCUGCUCACAUCUCCUCCGUCGUGGUCACAAGCGGAGCACUCCACACUGGGAUUGCACUGGCAUCCAGCAACCGAUCACUUCACUUUCUCCACACAGGCACGUCACUUCGAGGAACUAACAAAAAGUUACCAUGAGGGCGAAGAUCCUCAUUCACUCCGCGUGGCUAAAGAAAAUGGAUUGGGACACACCUCUUCCACCAGCGGAUGCACAAUCCUGGAGGAACUUCCUCUCCGAGCUUCCACGUCUGAACAAACUCAGAGUCGCUCGCUGGUUAAGCAGCGACCGAGCACAAAGGUAGAGCUGCACGGAUUCGCCGACGCCUCAGAACGAGGAUACGCCGCCGUCAUCUACCUCCGCGUCACGACACAAGGGAAGACCACACUUCACCUCCUCAUAGCCAAGGGCAAGGUCGUCCCGGUGAAACCAGUGUCGCUGCCGCGACUCGAGUUGUGCGCCACCGCAUUCCUGGCCAAUCUCGCGGUUCACAUCCGCACCGUCUUAAAUCUGUCCACAGCGCCUGUCAUCCUCUGGUCGGACUCCAAGGUCGCGCUGUUUUGGAUCCAAGGGCACGCCUCCCGCUGGAAGACGUACGUUGCUAAUCGGGUGGCGCACAUUCAGCAACAACUUCCAGAGGCCCAAUGGAGACACGUGCCCGGACGAGAAAAUCCGGCGGACUGGCCCGCCUGGCUUUGUCAAGGUGAAACGUCUUGGCCAAACGAUAACUGCAGCGUGACCGACGUUGAGCUGCCCGAACAACGAAGCGCCGCCUCGUUCAACGCAGUCAGCCGAGUAAUCACCGAGCCGGAGAUCCUCCUCCGCUUCUCCUCACUGCACCGGCUCCUGAGAGUCACAGCCUGGUGUCGUCGCUGGAGACACAACACCAAGCCAUCCACAUCUCACUCCACUAGCACCGCACCAUCACUUGAACUGCACGAGGUCGACGCGGCACUGAUCCACUGGAUUUACACAGCCCAAACACUGCACUACCGUCCAGAGAUCUCCUCAUUGAGCAAAGAUCACGCCUUGCCAUCACGAAGUUCGCUAUGCCCGUUUCUGAACAACAACGGAGUGAUGAGAGCCGGGGGCCGGCUCAAGCACGCAAUCCUCUCUCAGGACGAACGGCACCCAAUGAUCAUCCCAUCGGAAUCCUGGGUGGCUCACCUCCUGGUGGACUCCUGCCACCGCCGAACACUACAUGGAGGAGUGCAACUCUCGGAGCAUUGCGCCAGCGAUUUUGGAUCCCACGAGGUCGAGCCCUCCAAGGCGGUCCAUCUGGAGGUAGCGUCGGAUUACACCGCUGAGGCAUUCCUAGCAGCGUUCCGCCGCUUCGUCUCCCGGCGAGGCCUUUGUCACGAGGUGUUCUCCGAUUGCGGCACAAACUUCAUUGGAGCAAGCCGGGAACUUCGAGCGAUGUUCAGCGCAUCCACUUCCGACGGCCGUCGCAUCGCUUACGCAGCCUCCGAUGGAAUAAAAUGGAGAUUUAACCCCCCUUCAGCACCUCACUUCGGCGGACUCUGGGAGGCAGCCGUCAAAUCGACGAAGCAUCACCUCAGGAGGGUCAUCGGUGAGGCAACGCUUACCUUUGAGGAGAUGACAACCCUCCUUACACAGGUGGAGGCGUGCCUCAAUUCGCGCUCACUGCAGCCGCUGACCGACGACCCGGACGAUUUGACAGCACUUACACCCGGACAUUUCUUCAUCGGAGCUUCCCUCCCGUCCCUGAGCCGUCGCUAG